GCGGCAAAAGUUUGAAAUCCUCCCUCGCUUCUUUUCCUUAAAUUUGCAGGUAUCUUCGAUUUGGGAGUAGAAAUUGACGAGAUCCCUCAACUUUUAUCGAAAUUUAGGGUUUCGAUUCGAGAGUAGGCGAAGAAUUGUUGGGGCUCUUACUGGAACCAAGUUGAUCAUUGAAAGAAUCAGGGAUUAUCACUUUCUAUCACCUGUAGAGGGUGAUUACUGCAUGUAUGUAAGUCACCAUGAAAAGCACUGGGCAACAGCGUAAAACAAAUCCUGUUUCGUCUACUAAGAACAAAGCAAGUUCUGGGAUUAGCCAGGUCAAACUGAGGGCAUUUGAUGCAAAAGUUUCUAAGCAAUGUCGGAAAAUGGAAGGUAACAUUAUGCAGGAGAUUUCUUGUUUGCACUGCACUAGUUCUGAUCAAGCAUGGAAACCUAAUAUUGAGUUAUUUGGAGAACCUUUACUUCAUUCAAAUCAGUCAUUGGGUCAGCAGAAUCAGGUUGCAAGUUCCAGUUUCCAGAAAAUAACUCCUGGAAAUUCUUUAACUGUGCAAGGACAUAGACCCCAACACUUUGGGAAGCUUAAGCUCCAGCUCUUUCCCUUAGAUGAAGUUACUUGUGGAUUGCUGGAGAAGGGAAAAUAUAAUCCUUAUCUGGAGCUGACUCUAGGAAUUCGGAAAAAAAUAGCAUCUGUUAUUAAGCACCUUAAUACCAAGUGGGUAAAUUCAAUACCUACUUCAGGAGAGCUCAUGCUCUUUCCAUAUGAUGCUUGUCCAGAAAAUAUGUCAUGCUACAGAAAGUGGACUGCAAAAGAUUUUAGUGUCUGUGCAGGUGAUGUGUAUGAUGCGGUUGGUAGCCCUGCUGUUUUUCGGUUAAGAUAUGCUUGGUUCUCUGUUUCUGAGUCGGGACACCAUGCAACUACUCUAUCUGCUCCCCAGUUUAAUUUCAGUUCACAAAAUGAACAGAACCAAAUAGUUACUAUUCCUGAAGAGCAAGGUGAGCCACAUCUUUUAUCCCACCAAGAGAGUGGUCCUGAUUUACCUGUGAGCUCUCUCAUUCAAGAUGCUGGCAGAACACCUGCUACAACCAUGGACAUGACUACUUCAAGAACAGUCGACAAUGCGUUACUAUUGUGGGCUGAAUGUUUGUCAAAUAUCAGCGUUGGAGCGCUACUAUCAGAAGCUGUGGCAAAUCCUGAUGCCAAUCGUAGUAGAUCGAUGCUUCAGAAUAACUCGACUCUUCAGCAUGCUCUGGUCAACUUUGAUUCUUUUGAUGCUGCCAUUGCUGCCCAUAUAGCUCGUUAUCAAGUGGCUGAUAUGCCAGCCAAGCCGGCCUCUCAGCCAAUAUUGGAAGCUGAAGACACAUGCCAUGCAUUUCCAUUUCAAAAGAUCACUCCAGUCCAAGCCACUGCAGAUUCAUGCAAUGUUGCUCAUUUCACCUCUUGUGCGCAGAACAUUUCAUCAAAUUCAGUUAGACCCGCAGGCUGUAGUGCUGAAGCAAAUCCGUUGAAAUUGCAGACUGAUGGUGGGGCUGUUCAAGAUUUGGAAACAGCUUCCCAUCCUCAAACAGAGGGUGUUGCUUGUAAAGAACCUACAGCUGGUUUGCAAGCUCCCCUGGAAAUUCCAUGUGAUGCAAAGAGCGAUUUUGAGAGGAUAGAUAACCAUUGGUCAGAGUCUCGAGGCCCCUGGCUAAAUGGUUCGAAUUCAUCUAAAUUGAUGAUUAGCACCGACAGCACUAGCAUUAGUAACUUGCUUGCCUGCAGCAUGGACGCAUUCCAAAACUGGUCAUUAUUUUGAUGCAUUUCCAAACUGCCCAGUUUACCAACCUCCUCUAUGUGAAUGAGACUUUGGAAUGCCCGGUGAAAAAAAAAAGAUUUUCUCUAGUGUAUUUUAACAGGGUGUUUGAUAUACCGAAAAAAUCGAAUUGACCUUGUUUGCUUGAGUUGUCAUGGCCUGAUUUUUUAAAAGGGAAGUAAAUAAUAAAUGGUCAUGUAGUUUGAUCUUUUUGUAGUUGUACAUUUUAUGUGAUAUUUUGGUCCAUUGACUGAACAAUGGUCUAUCAACAUUUACUGAAGUGAGAAAAGUAAAUGAAACAGAUUAGAA